AUGCAAACACUUCUGCUAUAUAAUAUUCCAAACAUACUCACUGGCAAUGUGAAGAUCGUUGAUCGCUACCACGUUAUGUAUGGCCAGGUCGGCAAAAUUGACGACAGGGCUGGGCUCACCACUGAUCCGGCUACAGGAGAACUACUGUAUACAGUCGUCUUCAAUGAAGGCCAAGCUAAUGAAGAACGUCUGAAAUUUCUCAGACCGCAGGUAGAGGUUGCUGAGUGA